CGGAACAAUCAGAGGUAUUUGUUUGAGGUCGAGUGCUGAAUGUGGAGACGCAACCGGAUGUAGCCUAAUAAUUAAUCCGGCAGCUGGUUGAGAGGCAGUUUAGCACUCUAACUAACGUAAUCUAAACAGUCAAUACCUCAAUAAUUUAAUUACUACUUUAUAUUAUCUUUUGACAACACCAAAGAACAGUCAUGAUUAAAGCCAUCUUGAUAUUUAACAACCACGGAAAGCCGCGGCUGAUCAGAUUCUAUCAGUAUUUUGCGGAGGACAUGCAGCAGCAGAUCAUUCGGGAGACUUUUCAUUUGGUAUCUAAAAGAGAUGACAACGUCUGCAACUUCUUGGAGGGUGGAAGUCUCAUUGGUGGCUCUGACUACAAGCUGAUUUACCGGCACUACGCAACCCUCUACUUUGUCUUCUGUGUGGACUCGUCUGAGAGUGAGCUCGGCAUCCUGGACCUGAUCCAGGUGUUUGUGGAAACGUUGGAUAAAUGCUUUGAAAACGUCUGUGAACUGGACCUCAUAUUCCACAUGGACAAAGUCCAUUAUAUCUUGCAGGAGGUGGUGAUGGGGGGCAUGGUGUUGGAGACCAACAUGAAUGAGAUUGUAGCCCAGGUUGAAGUGCAGAACCGCAUGGAGAAGUCAGAGGGAGGUCUAUCGGCAGCCCCCGCUCGCGCCGUCUCUGCCGUGAAGAACAUGAACCUGCCCGAGAUUCCCCGCAACAUCAACAUCGGAGACAUCAAUAUCAAAGUGCCGAGCCUCUCCCCGUUCUGAACAGCACUCCAGCUGAGCCCUGCAGGGCUGAUGGACUACUGAUGCAGUUCCCCCCACCCAGCUCUUGUUAAUACAGAGCAAACUGUUUUAUAUGUGUGUUAUGGACAUAACACAGCAGCUUAUUAUCCCACUCAUUCCUCUCUGCUCACAUGAAAGGGAGAUAAGCAGUGAAUUCUUUUUUGACCUUUACUGUAUAUGUACAUGUUACAGAAAGCUCCAGUUGAAGAAUUUGCAAAAUAAUGCAAAGUUUGAUUCUAUAAAGCAUCAAUAGCAUAUUUUGUCUGGUCCAAGGUUUGAAAACUAGAGUUAGCUUUUGGACUGUGCACACUUCUCUGUAAUAAGAUCUUUUGGGUUCUGUAUUGGGUUAUAAUUACUCAAACGCAUCUUCCAAGUGUGUACAGACUGGGAUUAGACUCCUUUGCUUGGCUCGCGUCACAAACUUCUGUCUCUGAUAUUCGUGUGAUUUGUGAGUAGCAUUUUUGCAGAGUGUGCUCUUUGAUUUGUUCGAGCCAAGUUUUAAUGUGCUGUGAUAGGAUCUUGCCAACAUCUCUUUAGAGACGCAACAGAUUAACUUUUGUUUUUGGGUCUUGAAGCGUUUGUAUAAAGUUUAGUUUUUUGUCUUA